AUGUCUGACUGGGAGACGGACGGCGAAGAGGAUCAGUCCCGCGCUUCCCACACCAAGCUUCCCCCGAGCGAAUGGUAUUCGUUGGCGACGGCGGGAUCUUCGCAGCCUUUGAAUACCCGACCGGUGGGAAAAGAGAAAGAGGAGAGACGCGGCGGGAACAGAUGGGGUUCACGGCCGGCAUCUGCCCGCCAGCCUUGGGCCUUGGAGUAUCGGGCAGGAGGAGGAGGAGGAGGAGGAAGGCAGCGACAGGGAUCGCUACCGUUGUGCUUCCCCCUGGCUAAUGCUCUUGUCGGCACCGUCAUAGGUCGAGGUGGAACUAAAAUUAAGGAGCUUGAAGAAUCUUCAGGUUGCAAAAUACAGGUUAUAAAGGGAAAUUAUGAGUCUGAAGUAAAGAUAUUUGGUGGAAAAGAUAAACAACCCAAAGCUAAAAUGCUGAUUGACAAUCUUAUUGAAAGGUAUAGUCAAAACAAUACAGGAGAAAGAGGUACUAAAGAUUCCUGUAAAUACCAGGAUAUUGGAAAUGCUUCAGACGGUCAAUCUGUGGUUAUCAAUUCAGAAUUCUGUAAUCCAAAACCAUCAAUUAACUGGGCCUCCCUUCGAGAAAAUAAAGCUAAAUAUGAAGCCAUGAAAUGGAUUGAUUUGCCUCCACUUGAAAAAUGUUUUUACAAAGAAGCCCCAAACAUCACUUGUAUGUCACAAGGAGAAGUUGAUAAGUGGCGAAAAGAAAACAAUAGUAUUUCGUGUAAUGAUCUGAAAGAUGGUGAAAAACGUCGUAUUCCUAAUCCUGUUUGUAAAUUUGAAGAUGCUUUUAAACAUCAUCCUGACAUUAUGGCAAAUAUAAAAAAAGUUGGUUUUGAGAAGCCUACUCCAAUUCAGUCACAGGCUUGGCCAAUCAUACUUCAAGGAUUUGAUCUCAUUGGAAUAGCACAGACAGGUACUGGAAAGACCCUAGCUUAUUUAAUGCCUGGAUUCAUUCAUUUGGAUUCACAACCAAUUUCUAGAGAAAAACGCAAUGGACCAGGAAUGCUGGUUCUCAUUCCAACUCGAGAACUGGCCCUUCAAGUUGAAGCAGAGUGCUUAAAAUAUUCUUAUAAAGGAAUUAAAAGCAUUUGCAUAUACGGUGGUGGAGACCGGAAAGGACAGAUCAAUACAGUUACCAAAGGCGUGGACAUUGUUAUUGCUACUCCUGGCAGAUUGAAUGACCUGCAAAUGAACGGUUUCAUAAAUCUGAAAAGCAUAACGUAUUUGGUAUUGGAUGAAGCAGACAGAAUGCUGGAUAUGGGAUUUGAGCCACAGAUAAUGAAGAUUUUGUUAGAUAUACGUCCUGAUAGACAAACAGUUAUGACCAGUGCUACAUGGCCAGAUGGUGUCCGCCGUCUUGCAAAAUCAUACUUGAAAGAUCCAAUGAUUGUAUAUGUUGGAACUCUAGAUUUAGCGGCAGUUAAUACAGUAGAGCAGAAGAUUAUUGUUAUUCCAGAAGAAGAAAAAAGAGCUUUCACACAUCAUUUUGUUGAUACUAUGAAGUCUGAUGACAAGGCCAUCAUUUUUGUGGGAAAGAAACUUACGGCUGAUGACCUUUCAAGUGAUUUUGGACUUCAGGGAAUUCCUGUUCAGUCUUUACAUGGCAACAGAGAACAGUGUGAUCGUGAACAAGCUUUGGACGAUUUCAAAAAAGGCAAAGUUCGCAUAUUGAUAGCGACAGAUUUGGCUUCCCGUGGACUUGAUGUGCAUGAUAUUACGCAUGUCUUUAAUUUUGAUUUCCCUCGUAACAUUGAAGAAUAUGUUCAUAGAGUGGGCCGCACUGGACGAGCUGGACGCAAGGGAGAAGCAAUAACGCUUGUCACAAGGAGUGACUGGCGAAUUGCAUCUGAGUUGAUUGACAUUUUAAAAAGAGGAAACCAGGUGAUUCCUGAAGAGCUCAUUUUGAUGGCUGAAAGAUACAAGCAAUUCCGAUUGAAAAGGGAAAUCGAAAAUGGUUUAGGAAGGUCACGGGGGCGACCACAGAAAGGUUUUUAG